AUGGUUAUGCUCGACCAACCCCAUUUGAGAACGGUCGUUUCUGCUUUAGCGCAGAAACUGGAUUCCCUAGGCAUCGAUUAUGCCCUCAUGGGGGGUGCUGCAGUCUGCCUACUAGCCCCUAACCCAAAUCGAAAAACGGAGGACGUCGACCUUGUUAUUCACGUUGAUCAACGUAUGAUUACUGCAGACCAGCUGACCCAGCGACUCCUUGAAGGGUUUCCAAAUGAUUUCGGUCCAGUUAGUCAAUUUGGACACACAAUCCCGGCAUUCAAGCUCCAACUGCCUGGAGGUGUAGUACAUCUAGUUGAGCUGGAAGUGUUUGACUACCAGAGCUGGCCACAACGCCCUCAAUACAACAUCCCAACUGCCUCACGGACAACCAUAAACAUUGAUGGACAGGCAGUUAAAGUGUUCGGUCCUGAAUGGCUUCUGCGAGAAAAGAUCUUAUCACAAUAUCAACGCCAGGGUAGUGCAAAGGAAAGAGUUGAUGUCCGUGACAUUUCGAAUUUGAUCCCCUUGGCAGUCUCCGGCAAGCCAGAACUUGAUUUCAACCAGAAUGAAGAUUUGCAAACGGCCCUGGCACAUCUUGUACGGAAUAGACCGGCGCUGGUUGAAGCUUUGAAGGCAAAGAUUAAGUGCACCACAGUCUUCCAGAAUUAG